AUGGGAAGCAAGGCUCUUCCGGCUCCGAUCCCACUCCACCCUUCACUGCAGCUCACUAACUACUCCUUCCUCCAGGCUGUGAACACCUUCCCAGCAGCUGUGGACCACCUACAAGGUCUUUAUGGACUCAGCGCGGUGCAGACCAUGCAUAUGAACCACUGGACAUUGGGAUAUCCCAAUGUGCAUGAAAUCACCAGGUCUACCAUCACGGAGAUGGCUGCAGCUCAGGGCCUGAUGGAUGCCAGAUUCUCUUUCCCAACGCUACCUUUCGCCACACACCUCUUUCACCCAAAGCAAGGGGCCAUCGCCCAUGUAAUCCCAGCUUUACAUAAAGACAGACCCAGGUUUGAUUUUGCCAAUCUGGCCGUGGCCGCCACGCAGGAGGACCCACCAAAGAUUGCAGAUCUGACCAAGCUGAGUCCAGGACUUGGAAGUCCCAUCUCAGGGAUCAGCAAACUGUCUCCGGACAGAAAGCCCUCCAGGGGCAGGUUACCUUCCAAAACGAAAAAAGAGUUUAUCUGCAAAUUCUGUGGCAGACACUUUACCAAAUCCUACAACCUGCUCAUCCACGAAAGAACCCACACAGACGAGCGGCCCUAUACCUGUGACAUCUGCCACAAGGCCUUCCGGAGACAGGACCACCUCCGAGACCACAGAUAUAUCCAUUCCAAAGAAAAACCUUUCAAAUGUCAGGAAUGUGGGAAAGGAUUCUGCCAAUCCAGAACUCUAGCAGUUCAUAAAACUUUACAUAUGCAGGAAUCUCCACACAAAUGCCCCACAUGUGGAAGAACCUUUAAUCAGAGAAGUAAUCUGAAAACUCACCUUCUUACCCAUACAGACAUCAAGCCCUACAACUGUGAGCAGUGCGGCAAAGUGUUCAGGCGAAACUGUGAUCUGCGGCGGCACAGUCUAACUCACACCCCGCGGCAGGACUUCUAG